AUGAAUUUUGCUACUGACGCAAAUAAAGAAAUAGAUGUGGGUUCAUCUUAUGAGAUGAACGAUCUAGAGAGAAACUCAAAAGAUCUAAAAUCUCCUUCCAAAAACCUAUCUUCUGAUUAUUACGUUGACAUAGAUUCGCAUGCUUCUGAAGAGGUACUUGAGACGAAACUUAACUUAUUUAACAGAAUUGCUGCUGGUUUAAGCGCCGAGACUAAAGGUAUUGAACCAAUAACAGACGAAGAAAAGAAUGAUGCUUCCCUACUCAAUGCUGCAUCAAUGUGGUUCUCAGCUAAUAUGGUUAUUGCUGCCUACGCCAUCGGUGGGUUAGGUCCGUUGGUUUUCGGCUUGAAUUUUGGUACUUCUACAUUGGUCAUUAUCUUUUUUAAUAUCCUAGGUUUAUUACCGGUUGCAUUCUUUUCUAUAUUCGGUGCCAAAUUGGGUUUAAGACAAAUGGUUUUAUCUAGAUUUCUUAUAGGGAAUUCAACAGCAAGAAUCUUUUCUGUUAUUAAUUCUGUCGCAUGUGUUGGUUGGGGUAUUGUUAAUACCGUAGCCUCGUCACAACUAUUGAAUAUGGUUAACCAAGGGCCUCACAAAUGUCCCCUCUGGGCUGGAUGUAUUGUUAUUAUUGGUGCUACCAUCCUCAUUACCUUCUUCGGUUAUAGAGUCAUCCAUUCUUUUGAAAAAUGGAUUUGGGUGCCAAAUUUUGCAUGUUUCUUAGUCAUUAUUGCCCGUUUAGCCAAAUCCGGUAAUUUCUCUAAUGGUGAAUGGACCUCAGGACCAACUACUGCAGGUAAUGUCCUUUCAUUUGGUUCCGCCGUCUUUGGAUUUGCCACUGGUUGGACUACUUAUGCCGCAGAUUAUACCGUCUACAUGCCAAGAAAUACAAACAAAUUCAAAAUUUUCUUCUCCUUAGUUGCAGGUUUAUCUUUCCCAUUAUUUUUUGUUAUGAUUCUAGGUGCUGCCUCCGCCAUGGGUGCUGUCAAUAAUCCAGAUUGGGCCAACUAUUAUAGCGAAAAUGGUAUGGGUGGGUUAACAUAUGCAAUCUUGGUCCCAAAUUCCUUACAUGGAUUUGGUGAAUUCUGUUGUGUGGUGUUAUCUAUCUCUAUCGUCGCCAAUAAUGUUCCUAACAUGUAUACUAUUGCAUUAUCUGUUCAAGCCAUCUGGGCUCCUUUAGCUAAGAUUCCAAGAGUCUUUUGGACUAUGGCUGGUAAUUUUGCCACUCUUGGUAUUGCUAUUCCUGCAUGUUAUUUCUUUGAUACAUUCAUGGAAUACUUCAUGGAUUCCAUUGCAUAUUAUUUGGCUAUUUAUAUUUCCAUUGCCCUUUCUGAACAUUUCAUUUAUAGACGUUCAUUUGAGGCUUACAACGUGGAAGAUUGGGACGAUAAUUCUAAAUUACCUAUCGGUAUUGCAGGUUGUUGUGCAUUCGGGGUAGGUGUCAUUGGUGUUGCAUUAGGAAUGUGCCAAACUUAUUGGACAGGUCAAAUUGGUCGUCUUAUUGGAGAAUAUGGUGGUGAUCUUGGGUUCGAAUUAGGAGCCGGUUGGUCAUUCAUAGUUUACAACCUGGUAAGGCCGUUAGAAUUGAAAUAUUUUGGUCGUUAA